CGGAAUAAAUGAGCAUAAAGGAACAAGGUUGCAAAAAAGUAAGCACUUAGACCAUCUUUACUACAACAGAAAGGCUCCUCUUGUAUUCCUCUGCUUCCAUUCUUCAGUGAUCAAUCAAACUAGUAGUACUCUUUUCCUAGGGAUAAAAGGAAAAAGAACAGAUUGUAGCAAAUACAAACAUGUCUUUAGGUUAUGCUCAGAAACUCUCAUUUAUAGAAGAUGUGGGCAAUGUUGGAAUGACUGAAUAUUUCGACCCACCUCACGUUUUGCAAGACAAAAUUGAGAGACUUGCUGUGAUGAUACAAAAGAGUAAGCAUUUAGUUGUGUUUACAGGAGCAGGGAUAUCCACUUCUUGUGGUAUACCUGAUUUUCGUGGUCCCAAGGGUAUUUGGACUCUUCAGAGAGAAGGGAAAGCGCUACCAGAAGCAUCUUUGCCAUUUCACCGUGCAACACCGAGCAUGACACACAUGGCCCUAGUUGAACUAGAGAAGGCGGGUUUUCUAAAGUUUAUUAUAAGCCAGAACAUUGAUGGCCUCCAUCUUCGAUCUGGAAUUCCAAGGGAGAAGCUUGCAGAAUUACAUGGGGAUUCUUUUAUGGAACUAUGCCCUUCUUGUGGAAUUGAGUAUAUGAGGGAUUUUGAAAUAGAAACUAUUGGGUUGAAGGAAACUGCACGACAUUGUUCCAAGGUGGGCUGUGGUGCCAGACUUAGAGACACAGUUCUUGACUGGGAGGAUGCUCUACCUCCAAAGGAAAUGAAUCCAGCUGAGAGGCACUGCAAAAUGGCUGAUGUUGUGCUAUGUCUAGGAACAAGUUUGCAGAUCACCCCUGCCUGUAAUUUGCCUCUAAAAUCACUCAAAGGUGGUGGAAAGAUUGUAAUAGUUAAUCUUCAGAAAACUCCCAAGGACAAGAAAGCAACCAUGCUGAUUCAUGGCCUUGUAGACAAGGUAAUUGCAGGAGUCGUGGAAUUCCUCAGUCUGCGAAUCCCACCAUUUAUUAGAAUUGAUCUUCUCCAGACCAUUUUUACUCAGGCCUUAAGUCUUGAUAAAAAAUAUGUAAAUUGGACCCUUACUGUGGCAAGUGUCCAUGGAAGUAGGGCACCAUUGCCUUUUAUCAAAUCUGUAGAGGUUUCUUUUUCAGAAUGUCAAAAUAUGAAAGCAACUGUUCUGCAUAAACAACCUCUUCAGCUAAAAAGGCGGACAGUUAAGAAUGCAAAUCCUUUUAACGUUAAGUUGAAAUUGAACUUCAGUGAUGGCUGCAAGUGUUCAUCGGCUGAAAUCAAGAUUCCAGUUGAUUUUAAGAUUUCAGCACAUGUGUUCAAGGAUAAUAAGGAUUCUAUAUUACAGAAUCUAAGAGAAAGCACCAUCAUCGAUCCUAACUGUGGACAGACUGCAGUUAUUGAGAAAAAGGUCAUUAUGGUUCCUAAAAGUGAGAUCAUGGUUCAUGCCAUUGUAACAAACAUUGUCAAGUUUGACAGAAAUUGUGGAGAUUUAAGUAAUGGCUCAUUGAAAAGGAAAUAUGAAGGUUUUAAUGGCAUCAUUCCCUCUAGAAAACGAUCAAACGGUAGGAAACCCAGAGUUUUAAAUGGAAGGUGAUCACAGGGCUAUACAGAACUCCUGUAAAUAUUCUUGUAGCAGUACUCUGAGAAAAUGUUAAUAUGUGGAGACUGGGUGAAUUUUGAUAGUUAAUACACUCGGUCUGGCUCUGAUAGAAAUCUGAAAUUUCGUAACCCAUUUUUUUGUAUUAGGCCAAAGUUUAACUCUCAUUUCUUUCUAAUCCAUUCUUGAAAUUCAUAUACA